UUUCUCAGUUCAUCCCGGUCGUGCAAACAAGUUAGGUUUCAUCAUGAAGUUUGCGUUCGCGGUUGUGAUAGCUACGGUAGCGCUGCUACAGGUUGCCGUUUUCGGGGCGGACAAUCCUUGCAUGAAUGGACCCCCGGUUCAGAAGAAUCCAACGGAAUGUUGUAACACGCCCAUGUUGCUCGACAAGGACAUCAUGAUGGAUUGCUACCAGAAGUACGGAGAACAAACUAAGAAGCAGAUGAAAAUGGAAGGAAUUCCACGUGGUUGCUGCAUCGCCGAGUGUGGCCUCAACGCCACCGGGCUUUACUCAAACGGCAUGAUCAAACGGGACGACAUGACCAAGAUGUUUAUGGACUCGGUCAAGGAUAUGCCCAUGUGGCAGACUCUGACGCGGGACACCCUGGACGAGUGCUUCAAGAUGGCCGAGUCGAAGAUGGACGAGAUUGAAGCGGGAGCCAAGCUUGAACCGAGUUUCGAGGGGGAGAAGAUCUGUCAUCCCAUUUCCGGAACGAUCCUCCGCUGCAUGGGAAUGAAUUUGUUCGCCAAAUGCCCGGCUGGAGUUUACAAUGAGAGCGAUGAAUGCAACCAGUUGAAGGAGUACUCCAAGAUGUGCCCGAUCAUGUGAAUCGCAGAGGUAGAAUGUUAGUAGUGAUCAACGAUUAUGGUGCUGCUAGGAAAUUAUUUAGCUAAGCUGCGAACC